GUUAGUUUGUUUUCGUUAAUAUUUAGUCCUUUAAUUAUUACGCCUUUUAGAUACUAAUUAAAAGAAAAAUGUCUCGUGUUCUUGUUGGCGUUAAGAGAGUUAUCGACUAUGCUGUAAAAAUUCGUGUGAAGCCAGACAAGUCUGGUGUAGUCACAGAUGGGGUGAAGCACUCAAUGAAUCCUUUUGAUGAGAUAGCAGUAGAGGAGGCUGUUCGAAUGAAAGAAAAAAAGUUAGCAAGCGAAGUCAUUGCAGUCUCUUGUGGACCAUCACAAGCACAGGAAACUCUCAGAACUGCUCUUGCGAUGGGUGCAGAUCGAGCUAUUCAUGUUGAAGUGGCUGGGGCUGAAUAUGACACAUUACAGCCCAUUCAUGUUGCAAAAAUCUUAGCAAAACUGUCACAAGAUGAGAAGGCAGACUUAGUUAUUGUUGGCAAACAGGCCAUAGAUGAUGACUCCAACCAGACAGCACAGAUGACUGCUGCUUUAUUAGAUUGGCCACAAGGAACAUUUGCAUCAAAGAUAGAAAAGACUGAUGGUGCUCUAACUAUAACCCGUGAAAUUGAUGGAGGUUUAGAGGUUAUCAAGACAAAAAUCCCAGCUGUACUGAGUGCUGAUCUGCGACUGAAUGAACCACGAUAUGCUACACUGCCUAACAUCAUGAAAGCAAAGAAGAAGCCUCUCAAAAAAGUAAGUGCCAAAGACCUUGGGGUGGACCUGGCACCUCGUAUCAAGGUGGUCUCUGUGGAAGAUCCUCCAGUCCGACAGGCUGGCUCCAUCAUACCUGAUGUCGACACUCUCGUUGCUAAGCUUAAGGAAGGCGGACAUGUGUAAUCGUAAAUCGAACUUUUAAUUUAUCAAUAGUGAAAAAUCAUAGGGAACAUUUUUAUAUUAAAUGUUUAUAGAAUCAUGUUUUAUGUAUAUUGUUAAUGUAAUU